UCAGCCUGCUGCUCCGCCUGCGCCGCCUGCUCCCGGCGCUCGGCCCCAGCACGCCGGCUCCCGAGUGGCCAUGGGCGGCGCGGGGUCCGCGGUGUAGAGUCCGCCGGACCCGGACCCGCGUCCCGCACCCUGACGGUCCCGAGCCAUGGGGGUGUUGAUGUCCAAGCGGCAGACAGUGGAGCAGGUGCAGAAGGUGAGCUUGGCUGUGUCUGCCUUCAAGGAUGGGCUACGGGACAGGCCUUCCAUCCGACGCACCGGUGAGCUUCCAGGGUCCCGCCGUGGCACCGUAGAGGGCUCUGUCCAGGAGGUACAGGAGGAGAAAGAAGCAGAGGCAAGCACUCCAGUGCUCCAAGAAGAGAGCAGUGUCAACCGUGCAGCCUGGGAGAGGCUCCGAGAUGGGCGUGGAGUGGAGCCUGAGGAGUUUGACAGGACUAAUCGUUUCACGCCCCCUGCGUUCAUCCGCCCUACCCGGAAGCUGGAUGAUGACAAGCCUCCUGAUAUCUGCUUGGAGCCCAGAGAACAUGUUGUCAAUGAUGAGAUGUGUGAUGUCUGUGAGGUCUGGACAGCUGAGAGCCUCUUCCCAUGCAGGAUCUGCACCAGGGUUUUCCAUGAUGGCUGCCUGCGCCGCAUGGGCUACAUCCAAGGAGAUAGUGCAGCGGAGGUGACCGAGACAGCCCACACAGAAACCGGCUGGAGCUGCCACUACUGUGACAACCUCAACUUGCUGCUAACUGAGGAGGAAAUGUACAGCCUCACAGAGACCUUUCAGCAGUGUAAAGUCAUCCCUGAUUGCUCCCUGACACUGGAGGACUUCCUGCGCUACCGCCACCAAGCAGCAAAGCGGGGGGACAGUGACAGGGCUCUAAGCGAGGAGCAAGAAGAGCAGGCAGCCCGCCAGUUUGCAGCCCUGGACCCUGAACAUCGAGGACACAUAGAGUGGCCUGACUUCUUGUCCCAUGAGUCCCUCCUGCUUCUGCAGCAAUUGCGUCCCCAGAACUCUCUGUUAAGGCUUCUGACAGUCAAGGAGCGGGAGCGAGCCCGGGCCAUCUUCCUGGCACGGGGCAGUGGGAACACUAUCAGUGAGGCAGAAUGCCGCGGAGCCCAGCAUUCUUGGUUCUGCAAACGCCUUGCAGAGGCUCCAUCCUGCAGUGUCAGUAUCAGCCAUGUGGGUCCCAUAGCAGAUAGUAGCCCAGCCAGCAGCAGCAGCAAGAGUCAGGACAAGGCUCUGCUGCCAACAGAACAGGAGUCCAGAUUUGUGGAUUGGCCUACCUUCCUGCAGGAAAAUGUUGUCUACAUCUUGGCCGCUCGCCCCAACAGUGCAGCAAUUCAUCUGAAACCCCCAGGAUAGCAUGGAGCAGAGAAGCUGGGGGACAGUGAUGUUCUCUCCCUCCUUUCCUUUUGCCCUUUCCCCCUUCCCCCCACCAUCCUCUGCCUGAGACUUACGGGGAUGGAGCACUGCCAGCAUCUCAAUUUGCCACUAAGCUUUAUGGAACUGAAAUCACUCUUCCCCUCACAACAGAGGCAGUAAAUGCAUUGCCACCAGGAAAAGCCCUGGGAGUUGUGGCAGUAUCCACUCCUGGACCCACCCCCCUACCCUCACAUCACAGACUGGACCUGCCACUGCACACAUAUGUGCAUACACACACAUAUACCCAUGCCUAGCUGUCCAUGCCUUCAGAGACCUGGUUCUUCUUCAUUGAAAAAGGAUCAAAAUUCCUUUGUGAAGCUCCUGGUUAUAGAUUGGGGGGCGGGGGGUCUCUGUUUACUCCUUCUAUUGGCCGGUUCUGAUUUCCUAUAGACAAGUCUCUGGCCAAGUGAUUCUUGAUAAUAGGGCACAUCAGACUCACGUGUUGUCCUAGAGAUGCUGACAGGUUCCCUCUUCCCCAAAUGAAAAUCCCUUCUGUGGUGAGCCACUGUUCUGGUAGGUGUGUGCUAUGUCCCUCAGGUAUGUUGGGGUGACAAAAUUAUUGAAGACCACCACUGGCACUUCAGCCCUUUAUUUAUUUAAAUUCUAAUUUCUAGAGACAGAGAAGGUAACUAGUCUGUGGAGUCCUAAUUAGAAGAGGGGAAGGCAGCCCUUCCCAGGAACCCAGAAUUCUAGGAACCUCUCACCACAUCUUUCAAGUCCAAAAGUCUUUAGAACAGUUAAAAACCAAGAUGAGCCACCCUGGCCCCUGCUUUGCAUAUGGGAACACAUGGCCUAGAGCCCAGGGGGCCUGAAUAGAACAAGUAUGAUGGCAAGAACCACAGGCCUCUGUAUUAGAUGCCUCAUCCAAGUUGGCUACCACAGAGACCCGAAGCUUGAUCUCCAGUGAGGACAAGGUCUGGAUGGAAAAAGGAAAGAGAAGCCUUGUGCUUUUCCAUCUUUCCACCUCAACUCACCUGUAGACCUGGAAAAAAAAAAGUGUGCCAUUGCAUAAAGAACAAGAGCCAGCCUCUCCCACAGCCCAAGAAAGAGCAGUUCCACAGAAGCCCUCAGUGAGGACUCCUUUCAACCACACUGACAAUGAGGGUAAGAAGC